AUGAAAACUUUAGGGCCAAUGCUACAGAACAGACUGGUACAAGUUAAAGUACGAGUUGUCGAAGCAUCAUCCACAAACAGAGCGGUGGACGAAGUAAUGGUAAUGGUCCAUAAUAGACAAGGUGACGUUGAAAAGGUUUCCAAAGUCGAGAUUCUCGUUGUCCCAGGUAGAACAAGCAGGAAAUGGUCGUCGACAAGGAAAGGAGUUGAGUGGGUUCUGUCAUCUAAUGGGUUUAAAGUGAAGCGCUGGGCAACAACUGGUGCAUGGAUCUUUCAAGAGAAGAUCAGGAUCUAUAAAGGCUUUGAAGAGCAGGGAAGGAGGGUUCUGAUUUGUGAGAAAAACCACCUACGGGAAGGGAGUGAUCUUUCUUCUUCGAAUUCGAAAGUGAAAUCGGGAGAGAGCAAGUUCGGAAGAAGGUCUUUGGAGACCACCUUGGUCCUCUAUCACAGAUCUGUUCGAAUCCCAUCGAAAAAUUGGAUUUUAGGGAUGAUUGAAGAGUUAGCCAGAAGAAAGAAGAAGAGAGAUUUGUGUGGUGCAUCUGAGAAGAAGGAGAGAUGUUCCGACGCCGGCAAGACGGAGCUUCACCGGCGUCAUAAAAGAAAAUCGGAGGAGAAGCUUUGA